GGCGGGUGUUUGCGGUGGGCGGGGCUUCUGAAAGCCAUUUUGACGUGACAGCAGUGACCGAGAAGUCUCCAGAAACUCCGCCAACCAGAGUUGAGAAGAUGGGGAAUGUCUUUGCCAAUCUUUUUAAAAGUUUGUUUGGGAAGAAGGAGAUGAGAAUUCUGAUGGUGGGGCUGGACGCAGCUGGAAAGACCACCAUUUUAUACAAACUCAAGCUGGGAGAGAUUGUCACCACCAUCCCCACAAUCGGUUUUAAUGUUGAGACAGUAGAGUAUAAGAACAUCAGUUUUACAGUAUGGGAUGUCGGUGGUCAGGACAAAAUCAGACCGUUGUGGAGGCACUACUUUCAGAACACACAAGGCCUGAUCUUUGUAGUGGACAGCAACGACAGAGAACGAGUAAAUGAAGCGAGGGAGGAGUUAACAAGAAUGUUGGCAGAAGAUGAGCUCCGUGAUGCUGUUCUCCUGAUUUUUGCAAACAAACAGGACCUGCCCAAUGCAAUGAAUGCUGCCGAGAUCACGGAUAAACUGGGCCUUCACGCACUGCGCCAUCGCAACUGGUACAUCCAGGCCACGUGUGCAACCAGCGGCGACGGCCUCUACGAGGGGCUUGACUGGCUCUCCAACCAGCUCAAAAACCAGAAAUGAGCCAUUCCACCGGCCUCUGAGUGUCUGGCUGCAUGUAUGUGUCAGAGUGAGACACACAUGGAGGCAGCUUUAGCCUAAACCUUGACUGAUCUUGAUACAUUUCCACCUCCCUCACCUCUGAGUCCUCCACCAUAUGGGUUUAGACUUUGCUGCCUCACAAUGUGUUUGGGAGACGGAUGCACACACUGUAUGAUUUUGAGUGUAUGUUUACUUAUAGUAUGCAUGUGAAAGAGAAUGUGUUUGUGUGCGUGUCCAUGUAUGAAGGUUUCUGUCUGUCUGCUUGAAUUGAGGAUGACUCUGGUGUGCCUUUUAUAUACAUAUCCUUCCUUUAAAUCACCCGUCAAACCUGUAAGGUGGCUCACACAGCUUUCAGUUUCUGCUCAAGUAUUUUCUCCUUGUUCUCCAUUUUGUUUUUUCUUUUAAAGAACAGUGUAAAUGAAGGUUCCUCCAUGUUGUCUGUUAUAGGCAAUAACCCUAACAAAAACCUGCCACUAGUGUUAUGGACAUGCGGCAUUUUCUAUUGCACUAGUAUAUAAACAAGGAACGGUGAAUUUGCCCUGGUGUGUUGGAAAAGUGGCAUUGUAACCUGUAUCAGGUUGGGAAGAUCAGGCUCCAUCUUUCUUUGUCCUCUGCCUCAUUUUGAAAAUGGGAAAUUAUGCUUUUUACCUGCUUCUGGUGUAAAAAUUUGCAUGAGAGUGUAAAAGUAGAGAAGUUAAUCUGACUCUCGGUUCAUGACUCUACUCUAACCCCCACGUCCAGUGGCAGCACGACCUCAAGCUCAACCACAGACCACCCAACAUUCCCUUCCCAGCCCCACCACAAACUGCUGGAUUUGAUUUAAAUUAAAAACUCUAAAACAUGAA